AUGCAGUGCUAUACGGAAUUGCUCCCCCCAACGGGGGUCACUCAUGCUUUGGCGCUGCCCUUUAUCUCAGCCACAGCUAACAAUCUGAUUGUGGUCCGGUCAUCGCUACUGCAGGUGUUCUCACUGCUCAAACCUGCCUUUCAGCGGCAGGGAGAGAGCUCAGAGACCCACCCGUCAGCCUCUCACCAACCGGAGACAAAAUUGGUCCUGGAGAAGGAGUAUUCUCUCCCAGGAACCGUGACUGAUAUCAGUCGAGUGAAACCGUUAACCACGAAGAGCGGCGGGGAAGCUAUCUUGCUUGCCGUUCGUAAUGCCAAACUCAGCUUGGUUGAGUGGGACCCCGAGCGCCAUGGCAUUUCCACCGUCUCUAUUCAUUACUACGAGAGAGAUGACCUCACUCGUAGCCCCUGGGUGCCUGAUCUGAGCCGCUGUGGAAGCAUCCUUAGUGUGGAUCCAAGCAGCCGGUGCGCGAUUUUCAACUUCGGCGUCCGCAACCUUGCCAUUCUUCCUUUUCACCAGGCAGGUGAUGAUUUAGUGAUGGAUGACUAUGACUCGGAGCUUGACGGAGAGCGCCCGGAUGGGACUCGGGAAGGGGCAACUGAUGUUGAGAAGCGCAAAGACGGGCCAGGAUAUCAGACCCCUUAUGCUGCUUCCUUUGUCCUGCCGUUGACUGCUUUGGACCCUUCGUUGCUGCACCCAGUCAGUCUUGCAUUUCUUUACGAAUAUAGGGAGCCGACUUUUGGCAUUUUGUAUUCUCAAAUUGCAAGUUCCAACGCUUUGCUUCACGAGAGAAAGGAUGUGAUGUUCUAUACCGUCUUUACACUAGACCUAGAGCAACGUGCCUCCACGACCCUCCUCUCGGUGACGCGGCUCCCGAGUGACUUGUUCAAGAUAGUGGCACUCCCACCUCCCGUGGGAGGGGCCCUGCUCAUCGGUUCCAACGAGAUCGUACAUGUUGAUCAAGCCGGGAAAACCAGCGCGGUGGGUGUGAAUGAGUUCUCCAGGCAGAUCUCAUCAUUUUCAAUGAGUGAUCAAUCCGACCUCGCCUUUCGUCUCGAAGGCUGUGUCGUGGAACGACUAGGUGGUGAUAGCGGUGAUCUUCUCCUUGCACUUGCAUCAGGGGAAAUGGCAUUGAUCAAGUUCAAGCUUGAUGGGCGAUCUGUGUCGGGCAUGACAGUUCAUUCCCUGCCAUCACAAGUCGGUGGCAAUCUCUUGAAGUCGGCUGCAUCGUGCUCCACUUGCUUUGAGGAUGGAAAUAUCUUCAUUGGUAGCGAAGACGCAGACUCGGUGCUCUUGGGGUGGUCCCACUCUUCACUUUCAGCAAAGAAGGCACGAAUCGAGUCGAAAAAAGCCAGUGACAGCACUGAUAUCUUCUCAGACGAUGAGCAAAUGGAUGACGACGGUUACGAAGAUGACCUUUACUCCUCAGUACCCGAGCCCAGUCAGGCCGAUCCGCGCAUGGCUUCCGAGAAUUCAACCUCCGAGUCCUAUCAUUUUCGACUGAAUGAUCGAUUGAUAAGCACUGGCCCUCUACGAGAUAUCACACUGGGACAAGCAUUCCCGGCAAUCAAAGACCAAGACAGGUCCACCAACGAAGGAGUCUCUGCUGAGUUGGAGUUUGUCGCAUCGCAAGGUUCCGGUCGAGCCGGUGGUCUGGUUGUCAUCAAACGAGAAAUUGACCCUGUGACCACGGUUUCCAUGAAUAUUGAUGAUGCCGAUGGGGUAUGGUCGGCCUCCGUGACCCAAGGGAAAGGAAGCCUUGUCAAUACUGGCGAUUUGCCUGAAGAGCCCACCUUCCAGCAUUAUGUGAUUGUCGCGAGGUCAACAGAGACAGAAAAGGAAGUCUCCGAAAUCUUGAGAAUCGAAGGGCAAGACUUGAAGCCUUUCAAAGCACCCGAGUUCAAUCCGAAUGAAGAUCGUACCAUCGACAUCGCGCCGUUAGCUGAGAGUACUCGUCUGGUUCAAGUUUUGCGGAAUGAAGUCAGGAGCUAUGAUAUAGACCUCGGGCUGGUCCAGAUCUACCCCAUCUGGGAUGAGGACACUGAUGAAGAGCGCUUAGCGGUGAGCGCAAGUUUCACGGAUCCUUACCUCGCUAUUCUGCGGGAUGACUCUUCACUUUUACUUCUUCAGGCGGAUGACAGCGGUGACCUCGACGAGGUUUCACUUCCAGAUCAAAUAUCUUCCUCAAAAUGGCGAUCGGCCUGUCUCUAUCAUGGCAAAAGCCAAGCAUUCGGCACCAGCGAAAAGGUCCUGAUGUUUUUGCUAAGCAUGGAGUGCAAGCUCUCGAUAUUCAGUCUUCCAGACAUGAAACUGUUGUCGGUCAUUGAAGGCAUCGAUUGCUUACAACCUGUCAUGUCCGCGGAACCCCCUCGCCGGUCAAAUUCCCGGGAAGCUCUGAAAGAAGUCCUUGUUGCCGAUCUCGGCGUCCGUUGGGCUAAUUCGCCAUAUUUAAUCAUUCGAACCGACAACGAUGACCUGGCUGUUUACAAGCCAGUCUUCAAAUCGUCAGAGGCCGAGAACGGACCAUCGCACGACUUACGAUUCUUCCGGGAGGUCAAUUACACCCUGUCCAAUGUCACAUCGGGGACAGCAUCUGGGAUUUUGGAGGACAGGCAGCGGACGAGGCCAUUGCGAGUUCUGCCCGACGUUGCGGGGCUUUGCACUGUUUUCAUGCCUGGAAGUUCUGCUGGGUUCAUUCUACGAACGGCGGCAAGCUCGCCACAUCUAGUCCGCCUUCGAGGAGAGUUCACACGAUGGAUGAGUACCUUUCACUCGCCUUCUAUUGGCUGUGAGAAUGGCUUUAUCUACGUGGAUUCCGAACAUUGUAUCCGAGCCUGUCUCUUACCCCCACACACCCAGUUCGAUUACCCGUGGACUUUGCGCAAGAUCCCCGUGGAAGAGCAAGUCGACUUUCUGACCUACUCGACGUCAUCCAACACCUAUGUUCUCGGCACCAGCUCCAGUGUGGGCUUUAAAUUACCAGAAAAUGACGAGUUGCAUCCGGAGUGGUGUAUGGAGUCAAUAUCAUUUCUGCCAGAGGUCCCUCAGAGCUCCGUCAAGGUGGUCAGCCCCAAGACUUGGACCAUCAUCGAUAGUUAUCCCCUAGAUCCCGCCGAGCAUGUGACAGCGGUGAAGAACGUGAACCUGGAGAUCUCGGAGAAUACACACGAGCGGAAGGAUCUGAUCGUGGUCGGAACGGCAAUUGCUAAGGGCGAAGACAUUCCGGCCCGCGGGUGCAUUUACGUGUUUGAGGUGAUCGACGUUGUUCCGGAACCAGGCCAGCCAGAGACUGGUCGGAAAUUGAAGUUGGUUGGCAAGGAGACUGUGAAGGGCGCCGUAACGGCGCUGUCAGGCAUUGGCAGCCAGGGCUUCAUCAUCGUGGCUCAGGGACAGAAGUGUAUGGUUCGAGGUCUCAAAGAAGAUGGCAGUCUUCUUCCCGUGGCAUUUAUGGACAUGCUAUGCUAUGUCAAUGUCGCCAAGGAGCUCAAGGGCACCGGGAUGUGCAUCCUGGGUGAUGCAGUCAAGGGCAUCUGGUUUGCGGGCUACUCGGAGGAGCCAUACAAGAUGACUCUCUUUGGCAAAGAUCCAGACUACCUGGAAGUGGCGGCCGCGGAUUUCCUGCCGAACGGGAACAAGCUCUAUAUGUUGGUUGCGGACAGUGAUUGCAACCUCCACGUCCUGCAGUACGACCCCGAAGAUCCCAAGUCUUCCAAUGGUGACCGGCUGCUGAACCGGAGCAAAUUCUACACCGGCAAUUUCGCCUCGACGGUGACCCUGCUGCCCCGAACUCCCGUUUCGUCCGAACUUAUGGAGUCCAACGACGAUGAGAUGGAGGUGGAUGAAGACAUUCCCAACCACCAUGUCCUGAUCACUUCGCAGAAUGGAUCUCUAGCGUUGGUCACGUCUGUCACGGAAGAUUCUUACCGUCGGCUGUCGGCUCUACAGUCUCAACUGACCAACACGAUCGAACAUCCCUGUGGAUUGAACCCUCGUGCGUUCCGGGCAGUUGAGAGCGACGGUGCCGGCGGCCGAGGCAUGGUUGAUGGAAACCUGGUGCGUCAGUGGCUGAGCCUGGGCAAGCAACGCCAGGCGGAGAUCGCGGGUCGGGUCGGUGCGAAGGAGUGGGAGAUCAGAGCCGAUCUGGAGACCGUCGGUGGAGACGGACUGGGCUAUGUAUAA